GACACUUGUCGAGAGGAAUUUCUGUGUAACGGACGUAUUGUGAAUAAAAAAAUGGGAACCCGCACAACGAGGCGCGACGUUCCUUGUCACGCCUCUUAACUUAGUUCACUGGUGUUAUUUUUGCAAACGCACGUCUGUGGUUUUCGUGAAUCGGCGCUUCGACAUCCGCGAGAUUUCAACAGAUUCAGGUUAUUUACUGCCCUGAAAUGUACGAAACAGAAAGACUUUAAUGUCAAGAAGAGUAACGUCGUUUGAUUACAAAACGCGCGAUAACUUUGAAAGUGUAUUUUUUAAUAGACUGAAAUCGAGGACUAGCCGGUCCUUGAUGAACUCGUCAACUUAUAAUCCCUGCACACUCACUCUUUGUAUAUCGAAGAGGCCCUGUCGCUAUUCUGCAAGAGAUCCUAGAUUAAGACAUUGGUCGAGAGAACUAAUCGUCUCCUCUACUUAAACGAACUCCGGCAUUUUAUUAUUGAAAGCAAAUUGCAUCUUCCCAGAAAGAGCAGGAUCAGAAGUACGUACUUAAUACCGUACUUAAAACGCGUGGGAUGGAAACGGAAAGAACUCACGCAAAUGGAAUUCCAGGUAAAGUUAUCCACAAUGAACAUAAAGUUCCGUCUGAAGAGGAGACGACGACGUCACCGCUUUUAGUCAAGAAUGAUAUCAAGUUCAUCGACUCUGUCCAUGACAGCAAGCUUGAUGUAAGAGAUUCGGAUAAGUCCAACGAUCUGAACACUGUGAAUUCGAUUAAAACGGAUGAUGUUAAAAAGGAUAACCUGAUAGUACAGUAUAAUAAAGACGAUGAUGAUGCAAAGUCGACGAAUGAAAGAGUCAAGUUCUUGGGUUUGGGUGACGCUGACAGUAUUUGUUCAAGCAAGCACUCAGUCGAACAAGAGCCACAAAUACCGGAUGGGGGAUGGGGCUGGGUGGUCGUAGCUGCCUCUUUCCUCAUCGCCACUGUGGCUGACGGCUUAGCUUUCUCAUAUGGCUUAUUGCAGAUCAAGUUCGUGGAUUUCUUUGAAGCGAGCGAAGCGAAAACGUCAUUGAUUGGAAGUCUCUUUAUAUCAGUCCCACUUAUAGCUGGGCCGAUAAUGAGUGCGCUUGUUGAUAGAUAUGGAUGCAAGAAGAUGACUAUGGUCGGUGGGGUGUUCUCUACAGUUGGAUUUGUGGCUGCUUCAUACAGCAAUACUGUUGAAGCGCUGUAUAUAACAUAUGGUCUUAUUGCAGGAUUGGGUAUGGGACUUUUGUAUGUUACUGCUGUUGUUUCUAUAGCGUACUGGUUCGAAAAGCGACGAAAUCUCGCCGUCGGUUUAGGAUCAUGCGGUGUUGGAUUUGGUACGUUUGUGUAUUCGCCACUGACUACUUAUUUAUUAGACGAGUAUGGAUGGAGAGGAACGUUGUUACUCCUGGCUGGCACGGUACUUAAUGUAUGUGUUUGUGGAGCUGUCAUGAGAGAUCCCGAAUGGUUGAUAUUGGAGCAGAAGAAACAAAGAAAACUUAGUAAGACUAAGAGAGCAUCAAGUUCUACAUCUAUAUCGGGUAGAUCAGCUAGGUCGGGUGGUGGUGAAUCCAUUUACCCAGGUGCUGAAGAAUUAAAGUCGAUGAUGAAAAGUGGUGAGACCCCUGAAGAUAUACUCAUGGCUUUGGUUGCUUCUAUAGCAGAAGCAGAAAACGUUGAAGAAAUAACAAAAAGAAACGCUGAUUUGUCCCAAAUUCAAAAGGGGAGCUCUGUUAUUAAUCUACCUACAUUUUUGCAACAACACGAGAGGGUGCCCAUCGAAGUAUUAGAUCAACUUAAAACGAACGAACGCCUCUAUAAUAUUAUAUUACAGAACUACCCUUCACUUCUGGCUUUAAGAACAUCUUCAGAGACGAAGUUGCCAAUUGAGGCACCAAAAAAAGAUGCGAAAGUAAAGAUAAGCAAAAAAGAUAAAAAGGAGUUUGAUAAGAAACUGGAGACGGUGAAGCACAAGUUGCUGCAACCAAUACCUGAGAAUAACGUUGUAUCACCGAAGACGGCUCGCCAAGAUUGGUUCACGAGACAUCUUCAAACGGAUCACCAUUAUUUAAGGGACAUCCGGGUCCAUCGCAAUUCGAUUAUGCAUCGCGGUGCUAUGAUGAAUAUUGCCAAAUAUAAACUCAGGGCGUCAUCGUGUCCAGAUAUUUAUAGAAAUUCCAUGUGGUCCGUGAAGGAUCAAGAAGACAAGACAAUCUGCAGGCGCCUACUGGACAUGAUCAACAAGACGUUUGACUUCAACAUGUUUACCGAGUUCCACUUCCUCAUGAUGAACCUGUCGACCAUUGUGUUGUUCAUCUGGUUUAUCGUGCCUUACUUCUACAUAUCUACCUUCAUGGAGGAGAGCGGCUACACGGAGACCCAAGGAUCGCUGAUGCUUAGUACAUUUGGAGUGGCUACUAUUAUUGGUAUUGUUGGUCUUGGAUGGAUGGGCGAUCUACCCUGGGUGAACAUCACCAAAACUUACGGGCUGUGCCUAGUGAUCUGCGGGGGCACCAUCUGUCUGUUCCCAGUGCUGAUACGCAUCAUGGACCCCAAGGAGAACUACAGCUUCUACAUACUGACGAUCAAUGCUCUGAUAUUCGGACUCACUUUCUCCAGUUCAUAUUCGUAUACGCCAAGUAUACUGGUGGAACUGAUCGCGCUGGAGCGGUUCACGAUGGCGUACGGUUUGGUGCUCCUGAGCCAAGGCGUGGGACACCUGAUUGGACCUCCUAUGGCCGGUGCAUUGCGUGAUAGAACCGGGUAUUGGGACGCGGCAUUUUACGUCGCUGGGAUCUGGGUGGUUGUCUCUGGCCUGUUGGUUGCUGUAAUACCGUACACUAAGAAUUUCCGGAUCAUAGGCAACGCACCGCUCGCGAAGGACGUGGCUGGAGAACCGGAUCCUAAUGUUAAAAUUAUAAUUGCGCAUUAAGCAGCAAUUAUGUUGUCAGCGACAAGAUUUUGAAAAAAAAUGUUUAAAUUAAAAAUGCAACCCUUUUUUUACAGAAAUGAGGCCAACCAUCGGUUAAUUAAAAGAACAUUCAAAGUCAUAGAUUACAGAUCUCGUAAAAGAGAUCGCAUUCUGAAUUGAGCACGAUUGUGGUUGAUUAAACUUAAUAAAAUAAAUAUGAGUAAAACGAAAAAUUGACAAGUUAAAUAAUACUUUAUGUAUAUUUUAAAUAUAUUACAUUAUGUAAGUUUUGGUAGGAAUUAGAUGACGUGUGGUAUUCAGGACGUAAUUUGUGAGGUUUUAUAAUAAAAUAUUAUUUAGUUUAGAAUGUUUGUAUGCGACAGUACAAGUCUUAAAAUAGGUAUUUAUAUUAUUAUUCUGAUGUAAAAUCUCGUUUGGUUUUAUUUUGGUAUUAAAAUGUACUUACUGAGGGUUUAAAUUUGAAUGUUGACCUAUAUUUGAUACUUACAUUUAUUGAAGGGCGAUUAAAGCAAGAAACUGCCAAAAUUUUAUGUACCACAUAAGAAGGCACUUUUUUAGAAUAGGUAAUAAGGCGAUAUUGUGUUUUUGAUUCUUCUUAGAUUCAAGUAUUUUCUAUUGGUAUUGAUUAUGAAUAUCUUAAUAAAUAUUUUAUUCAGAAUA